AUGUUUGAAAGAAAGGCAGCACUUCGACCGAAUCUGGGUCGCCGUCUGCCAGCGGCUAGCCGCAGUGUAGCCGGAAGCAGAUCGUUUGCAGUGACCACUACUGACUACUCGAACGACUCGUCGGUUACCCGCUGCGCGAUGGGCUCACAUUUUGUCGGCAGGUACAAAUUGGUGUCGUCCGAGAACUUUGAGGAGUACAUGAAGGUGUUAGGAGUCAACCCGUUCCUGCGGAAAAUAGGAAACCUGGCCGUUCCGAUCAUAGAGUUUACAAUCGAUGACGGCUUGUGGACCAUACGCUCAUAUACGGUGUUUAAAAAUUUGGCAUUGUCGUUUAGACUGAACGAGGAGUUUGUGGAAGUCACACCUGACGGACGACAAGUUCUGACGAUCUUUACCCUCGAAGAUGACAAACUGGUGCAACGACAGAAAGCCACGAAGAAACACGAGAAAGACUCGGUCAUAGUUCGGGAAGUUCGAGAAGAAAAAAUGUUUGUGGUAAGGAGAUUGCUUUCUGAUAAUAAAUUUUAUGCCGUUCCCACUAUAGGUAAUAACCUGCGAAAGAGUAGUAUGUAAAC